AGAGAAGACAGCCAGCCGGCGAGAGCUAGAAGAAAGGGGUCUAGAAGCCACUUCAAGCACAGUAGUGGGGGCGCAGCAACAGCAACAGAGAGCCCGACGGAGUUAGGACCGCUCGGAGAGUCCAGGUCUCGAGGUAGUAUACGGUUUGCAAUCCUACUUACUGCCAGUUGCUGAAGAUUUUGCUUUUAAGUGAAACGUACAUGCCACCCAUCCGUGGGCUGCUGCUUCUCUGAGCUUGCUUCCCCCCCUCCCCUUUCCUCCACCUCUUUCCCUCCUCCUGUUUUCUUGUCUCACUCUCCCUUUAAUUUGUGUGCGCCCCUAAGUUUGUGAGAGAGCUCCCUGACCACACUGAGGCAGGGUCCGUCCGGGCAAGGCGCCGGGGGCGGGGGAGGCUGCGCUGGGGGAAUUGCAAUCCAGAAGGAUCUCGGGCCAUGUAUAUUUCAUCAAAUGGACUUUCCAAGUGUCUCGUCUGCCAGCCAUCAACGCUAUGUGCGGUGACAUUUCUGACUUGAGUAGAGGAAUGCGUGAAGGGAGCCCUGGCGAAAUUGGUACUAGAGGAUCUCCUUGGCGCCAGUGCUAAUUGUCCUGAUUUAUGUCCCUUCUGAGUGCGCUCAACGUCUUCAUCGGAGAUAAAAUGAGAGCGGUGCCAAGCGGGGCAGAGCCGCCUGAGUGCUGCAUCUGAUCGCGGGGAGUCCGGGCAUCCAGGAGUCCUGCAGCUCUUCAGACCAAACAAGCGAGCAAACACAAAAAGGGAACGAAAGAAAGAAAGGAGGGGGUGGAAAUAAAGAAAAUACUACGGCCACCAGGAAAGCCUCAGUAAAAGUUUAAGGCGAAAAGUGGGAGAGGUGGCCCAGGAAGUCGCAAAGGAGAGUGAGCAACUGGGGAGACUGAGGUGGACUGCAAUUUUAUUCUUAUUAUCAUCAUCACAUUUUUGGAGGGAGAGGCACCUUUCCUUCUCUCUCUCUCUCUCUCUCUACCUCUCCUCCCACCCCUUUCCCCCCUUCUCCACUCCCCCUAUCUACCUGUCAAAGUCACUGAUCUUUUUGCAUUUCGGAAGAGGAGGACACCGAGGAGGAAUUCCCUCUCUGGGGUCUCAGCUUUGAAAGGGCCAACUCCUCCCGGGAGCCAGUUCUUUCCCUUCGGCACCGGGCGAAGGUAAUUAAGCAGCGGGGCGUCGAUUGCUGUUGUGGGGGCUCCCUUUCCACCACCCUCUUCCUAGCCCCCAGCCCCACGCCCUCUCCUCUGGACUUCUGGAGGCAAGUGGAGCAACCCUGCGGCGGUGGGGGCGAGCUCGGCGGCUCCUACUGGACCCCCAGAACCCCUCCUACUCUGUCCGCCCCUGUGCCGGGUCCCCGCGCUCGCCGGAGGAGGCACGGCGGGGGAGAGCAGCCUCCGCCCGGCAGCCGCGGGCUCCGAUGCUGCCGUUGCCGCCACUGGACGCGGACGAGGCUGGGAAGGUCCGCGGCAAGGAGCCGUCUGCUCGCCUCCCGCCUACUGUAACAAGGGCAAAUGGUCCACACGGGUGUUGGUGCCAGAAGAAAAGAAUGAUUGAUGGGAAACAGACACGGGCUGUAGACACUCAUCCUUUUGCUUCAGAUACUGAUUUAUCAGCGACUCUGGGCAUCCCUUGUGAGCCGUGAACACCGAGAAGGAUCACUCAGGGUUAUCGGCAGUACAACUGAAGACCUACCACUUUGCUAAAUUAUUAUCCCUUCUUGGACAUCUGUUACAACAACAACAAGAAAAAAUAAAAUAAAACAAAACAAGACCCAACAGUCCUAGAGAUAUGUUCUAGGACAAAGAAAAAAAACCUUAGGGUUGUUUUAAAGGCUGUCAGAUGAGAAUCAUAGGCUUGCACCAAAGUCCUCAACUUACACAAAAAAGCACUAUAUUCUAAGACGUCACCACUCUUGGUUUUGGAACCUACUUUGGGGCCUCUUUGGGUGCAUGAAGUUUUAAAAAUAUACAGACCAACCUAUAAAAAGAAAGCAAAGUCACAGUCUACCAACUUUGUUUCAGUUCUGGUGAAGUUUUCCAAGGAGUUAGAGAUGUAUUUGUCAAGAUUCUUAUCUAUCCAUGCCCUUUGGGUUACUGUGUCCUCAGUGAUGCAGCAUUACCCAUCAGUGUGGGGACACUAUGAUGUGUGUAAGACUCAGAUUUACACGGAAGAAGGGAAAAUUUGGGAUUACAUGGCUUGCCAGCCAGAAGCUACUGACAUGACAAAAUAUCUGAAAGUGAAAUUGGAUCCCCCUGAUAUUACCUGUGGAGACCCACCUGAGACAUUCUGUGCAAUGGGCAACCCCUACAUGUGCAAUAAUGAAUGUGAUGCAAGUACCCCUGAGCUGGCACAUCCCCCUGAGCUGAUGUUUGAUUUUGAAGGAAGACAUCCCUCCACAUUUUGGCAGUCUGCUACUUGGAAGGAGUACCCCAAGCCUCUCCAGGUUAACAUUACUCUGUCUUGGAGCAAAACCAUUGAACUCACAGAUAACAUAGUUAUUACCUUUGAAUCUGGGCGUCCAGACCAAAUGAUCCUGGAGAAAUCGCUUGAUUAUGGACGGACAUGGCAGCCCUACCAGUAUUAUGCCACAGACUGCUUAGAUGCUUUCCACAUGGAUCCUAAAUCCGUGAAGGACUUAUCGCAGCACACAAUAUUAGAAAUCAUUUGCACAGAAGAGUACUCCACGGGGUACAUGACAAAUAGCAAAAUAAUCCACUUUGAAAUCAAAGAUAGGUUUGCGUUUUUUGCCGGACCCCGGCUUCGCAACAUGGCUUCCCUGUAUGGACAGCUGGACACCACCAAGAAACUCAAAGAUUUCUUUACCAUCACAGACCUGAGGAUAAGACUUCUGAGGCCAGCCACUGGGGAAAUAUUUGUAGAUGAGCAACACCUGGCCCGCUACUUUUAUGCGAUCUCAGACAUAAAGGUCUAUGGAAGGUGCAAGUGUAACCUUCACGCCACAGUAUGUGUCUUUGACAACAAUAAAUUGUCUUGUGAGUGUGAGCACAACACUACAGGCCCCGACUGUGGGAAAUGCAAGAAGAAUUAUCAGGGCAGACCUUGGAGCCCCGGUUCGUACCUCCCCAUCCCCAAAGGCACGGCCAACACCUGUAUCCCCAGUAUUUCCAGUAUUGGUAACUGUGAAUGCUUCGGCCACUCCAAACGGUGCAGUUAUAUCGAGCUGCUCAAUACAGUCAUUUGCGUGAGCUGUAAACACAACACUAGAGGGCAGCACUGUGAGUUAUGCAGGCUGGGCUACUUCAGAAAUGCUUCUGCACAGCUGGACGAUGAAAAUGUAUGCAUAGAGUGUUUUUGUAACCCUUUUGGCUCAAUCCAUGACCGUUGUAAUGGCACAGGAUUUUGUGAGUGUAAGACGGGAACAACAGGGCGUAAAUGUGAUGAGUGUCUGCCAGGAAAUUUCUGGCACUUCGGCUGUCACCCCAACGUGUGUGACAAUGAAUUCCUGCACUGCCAGAAUGGAGGGACAUGUCAGAACAAUAUGAAGUGCCAGUGCCCUGCUGGCUACACUGGCAUCCUGUGUGAGAAGUUACGGUGCGAGGAGGCUGGAAGCUGCAGCUCAGACUCUGGCCAUGGGGCAAGGGCCAAGAGCUCCCUCAUUCUGCUCAUGGCUCUGCUAGGAAUGACUGGCCCAUGCCUCUUUUAGGCUCGGUAUACUCUAUGGCCUCAAGUUCAGCCAACUGAUGGGACUGUACCAUGGGAAGCGAAACUCAUCCAAGCUUUUGCUACUAACAUAGAAAAACACACACACACACACACACACACACAUGCACACACACAUGCACACACACGUUGAAAGACAAAAACAACUGAGAAGGCCUAACAGAACCAAGCCAUAUUAAUCAAUUGUGGACAGCAAUUCCGAGUCGAGACUGUUAAUUUCUGACUCCAGACACGUUGGCAGCUGCUGAUAUUAUUACUACAAGUCACAACGCCAGCUGCAGGACUUACUGUGGAUUGAAGGGGUUGUACAAGCCCUCCCCAUUCUCACCCCCAAAACAGGGAAAAAAAGUUAAAAACAAACAAAAAAAAAAAACAAAAACAACCUAGAAACACACACACAAACAUUUAUGCCUCUAAUCUGGUGCGCUCUCUGUACCUCUCUGCCCAGUGUGUGGAUCAACCAAAUAGAAGCAUUCUUUGCUGUCAGUGCAUUGUGGGUAUAAGGAAAUCUGGUCAAAGCUGCCAUAUUGGCCUGCUUCAGUCCCUGAAUCCCUUCCAACCUGUGCUAUAGUGACCGUUGCUCUGUAAUUGUUGGUUGAAAGAUUUCUUUGUCUGAUGUUAGUGAUGCACAUGUGUUACAGCCCCCUUCCAAAAUAUCUCAAGACAGUCAUAUCCUUGUGUAUCUUAGCAGCACGACAUCACUCCAGUGCUGGUGGACACCUACUGUACAAGAGUGGCUAUAAGGGAAAAGAAAAAAAAAGAAAAAAAAGAAGUGUAUCUAUCCUUUUGUAUUCAAAUGAAGUUAUUUUUCUUGAAAUAAUGUGAAAUGUAGAUUUUUUGUAUUAUUGCCAAUUUGUGUUACAAGACAAUCUGUUAAUGUAUUUGAUUCUAAUCAGAUAAGAAUUCAGUUACAUUUCCUUUGUCCUUUUUUUCUUUAGAUUUUGUUUUGUUUUGUUUAAUUGUGCAGAGAUCCCUCUGUAUGAGCAACGUGCUGGCAUCAAAGAAUAUCAGUUUACAUAUAUAAAAAGUGUAAUAAGAUUCCACCAAAGGACAUUCUAAAUGUUUUCUUGUUGCUUUAAUCUGGAAGAUUUAAAGAAUAAAAAUUCCUGCAUAAAUGAUAUCAGGAAUUGGUAUUGCCAUUUCUUAAGAUGAAAAGAAGCCUCCAUUUGGCAGAUCCACAAUCAUUUUUAUUAUUUGUGAUGUGGACUGAACAUACAUUCAGCAGCUGAAUUUAGGACUCAGCAAGAAGGAUUGUCAUUCUUUAUCCCGGACAACGUUGACAAAAUAUGGGACCACUGCCCCUCGAGAAAAAUGUACAAACAAAGGAAAAAAGUUCUAAGGCCUUGCCAAGAUUACAUAAAAGAUUUUUGGCAGCACCUUAAAGGAAAUUUUGCUUAAGUCCUGUGACUUCUCCAGCUUGACAAUGGCACAUGAUUAUAUGGGAUGGUGAACUAAAAAGUCUCUUAAAAUGCAAUGUUUGCAUUAAAUGUCCAUAAGAGGCAACGUGGAGAUUCAGGAAAGUUGCAGGAAAAUGAGAAAUUAGGCAUUUAACUGGGAUAAAUUCAGAUUUAGCAUUUAGAUAAAGUGUCAAAGUAUCCUGCAGCAAGUAGUCACAAAAUGCUACUCUGGUAAAUAAAGUUUGUUUUGAGUAUUGCCCAAA